AUGGGCAACUCAUCGAGUACACCCAAGAUAUCCGCCCAGGAUAGGGCGAUCCUUGACAUGAAGAACCAGCGCGAUAAGCUACACCAAUAUCAAAAACGCAUAACUGUCAUUACCAAUAGAGAGAAAGAGAUAGCCAAGGAAUGUCUGCGGAAUGGUGACAAGCGACGCGCUCUGCUCGCUCUACGGAAGAAGAAGUACCAAGAGUCGUUACUCGCCAAAACAGAUCAGCAAUUGGCACAGCUCGAGACCCUCACGAGCGACGUCGAGUUUGCCCUUGUACAAAAAGAUGUCGUCUUUGGCUUGCAACAAGGCACAAAAGUAUUGAAAGAGAUACACAAGGAGAUGGGUGGCUUGGAACGCGUCGAGCUCAUCUUGGGCGAGAAUGAGGAGGCCCAGGCAUAUCAAAACGAGAUUAACGAGAUGCUUGGUACGAGGAUGACCAACCAAGAAGAAGACGAAGUCGAGGAUGAGCUCGAGGCUCUGGCGGCAGAAGCAAACAGACAGAGAAUGCCCAGCACAGUGGAAGAGGGAGUCAUCGCACCCAUGCCAAACGCACCUACAGACGCGCCCAAAGAAUCGGCAAAAGAACGAGCGGCACGAAGAGCAAGAGAACGAGAGAUGGGCAAUGGUGCUGAGCCUAUACUUGCAUGA